UAAGUUGCUGGCAGGGAGGACUGUGAUUUUCCAGUGCAGCUCUUUAAAUGGAGGGGAGUUUGUUCCAGAGAGAGUCCUGAGGCUGAGACUGCACCUCUGACCUGCUCUGCCCCGUUCUAAAUACCGAGACAUGUUCGGCGCUGAAUGUGGGAGCUGCGGAAAGGAAGACCAUGGAGAAAUCGAGUAGUGAUGAGUCGUCCCUACACCGGAGCCUGUCUGUGGAGAGCAGAGGCUCGGACAUUGGACAAGCAUCCAACUCUGCCCAACAGUUCGGCAGUGGGUUCACCGCAGCUGCUUUUUAUGGCAACACCAGCUCCCGUCCCAGGGGCCUGAUCGACCUCGGUGUAAAGAAUGACAAGUAUACAGCCCCCAAAGGCAGCAAGUAUGUGGUGUUUUACCUGGACCUCUCAUUUGUUUUCCUCUUAGAGUUCCAGAAGUGCAGCAUGGCCAGUGGCUGCGUGUGUUGCCUCAAGUACCUGAUGUUCGUCUUCAACCUCAUCUUCUGGCUGUGUGGAUGCGGACUCCUGGGAGUGGGCAUCUGGCUCUCGGCGACACAGGGGAACUUUGCCACCCUGGCACCCAGCCUGCCCUCGCUCUCUGCAGCCAACCUGGUCAUCGCCAUCGGCACCAUUGUCAUGGUGGUGGGCUUCCUGGGAUGUCUCGGUGCCAUCAAGGAAAACAAGUGCCUGCUCCUCAGUUUUUUUGUCAUCCUGCUGACCAUUUUCUUAAUGGAGCUGAUCCUAGUCAUCCUGUUCUUCGUCUACAAGACAGAGGUGGCAGAGUACGCCCGAGAGGACCUGAAGACGGGGCUGUCACUGUACGGUACAGAGGGCAACAUCGGCCUGACCAACGCCUGGAACAUCAUUCAGACCGAGUAUGAGUGUUGUGGAGUGGAUAACUCCACCGACUGGGGCACUAUCAAGGGGAAUAAUGUGGUUCCUGAUUCCUGCUGUCAGGAGUACAGUAAGGAUUGUGGACAGCACGAUUCCAGCAAAUGGUUUGCCAAGGGCUGCUACGAUAAGAUUGAGGCAUUUGUUGAGCAACAGACAGUUGUUCUCGGCUCUGUUGCGAUGUCCAUUGUGUUGAUCCAGAUUCUCGGAAUGGCUUUCUCGAUGACCUUGUUUCAUCAAAUCUCCAGAGGUGGUAAAAAGUACAAGGCCUAGUCUUGGUGUGGGCAGUGGGUCACUGCCCCAUCAACUCUGAGUGUCCAGCAGUCACCAGCGCUCACACCUGAACCUCACUUCACAUCUGUUUCUGGAGUGAGCGUCCCUUCUCUUUUGCCAAAGAAAAUUAAAGUACUAAGCUCUCUUCUUCUGUGUGACGUGGUGACUGCAGUCACUCACAUACCAAACCUAGGUUCUUGUAGCAGUGACCCUGAGUUAACUUCUCCUCUAUGCCCCAACCCCUACCACUGAAGUGGGGUUCUCUCUGCACAGCUAAAACUGGUCGGCAAAGAAAUCCCACUUUUUCCCUUUAACUCCUCGCCUGCGUGGGAGCGGCCACUGGGCGUGACACCGUGGGCCACUGCUCUUGGCUCAGCGCCAGGCCGUGGAUGUUUAAAUUGCUCCGUGUCUUUCAGAAGCUAGCAUAUCCCAACCUUGGGCAACUUGUCCAUUGCAGACCAGGAGAGAGGUGGCACUGUGCCCAACCAUUCAAAGAAGUCUCCCAGCAAGGAUCGGACAGCAGAGAAACCAAAUGAUCCUUUAUGCAAAUACUUUAAAAAGGGAAUUCCAUGGGUUGAGGACACUGGUCAGUAAUUGUCCAGUAAGUUUCAUCUUGGUGCCCAAGUCUGGGUCAGUAACCUCCUCAAAGUCUGAGAAAGCAGAAGCAACUUGUUGUAUCUCUGUCUGACCAGCGGCCGGCUCGAGGUUGACUGACCAGUGUCAGGUCACUUACUUUUUGCAAAUAAAUGAACAACUUUUUUUAAUGGUAGAUUAGGAAAUAUAUCUUUUGGGAGCAUUUUGUACUGUGUUAAACAUUUUAUAUUUGGGCUUCUUCUGCUUCACUUUCCCAUUACAACCACAAUGUGAUCUUUAAAAUUAAAGUUCUGGAGUGAGGUUUCACAGAAUGUGGAGAGCACAGUGAGGCUGUUUGUUGUCUGAGGGUGUGGUGACGGUCAUUGUGACGGAUAGUCUGAGAGUGUGGUGACAGUGUGACGGACAGUCUGAGGGUGCACAGUGACGGUCAGUGUGACGGACAGUCUGAGAGUGUGGUGACAGUCAGUCUGAGGGUGUGUGGUGAUGACAAUCCUACUUGGAUUUGUGUGGAGCUGCCAGUAAUCUGUCAGUUGGUUUAGGAGUUUCUGCGUCUAAUCACCAAGUGGUCACUCAGUUUGUAGUUAAAAUACAACGGGAAAAGCUGGGAAUCCUUGGGAUUCAGGAAGUGUCAACAUUCCAGCUCAGCGGCUGUUCAUCAGUCCUGACCUGGCGCUGAUUCCUCUCCUCAGAGGUGACUUGCCAGAGUUGCCCAAUCCCAUUAAGAAGCUGAAAAAGUCCUCUGCCCCCUCCCCUCUCUCCCCCCAACCCCACCCUUUCUCAGCUGCACACUGUUCAUCUGGGGUCUGGUGGGCUGACUCAGUGCAAAGGUUGGAUUCCCAUUAACUUCCCCACUGAUUCUACCCCUCACCCAAACACUGGGGGCAAUUUACAGCAACAAAUUAACCCACUGACCCGCACGUCAUUGAAAUGGGGAGGAAACCGGAGCACCCGAGGGAAACCCACACGGUCACAGGGAGAACAUGCAAACUCCACACAGACAGCAACUGGGUCAUGGGCUCGGUGACCAUGCCCCACUGCCAGCGUGGGUUGUUCCAUUCCCUUCAGGUUCUGUGCUCCAUUACGUGAAGCCCCUGAGACACUCCCAGGGUUAUGUUGGUCAGCUUGGUGUAUCAGUGAGCGGUUUAACCAUGGCCCCACCCUGACAUUCAGGUUCCAACAAAUGGAAACAGCAGCAUCUUGGCUGAAGAAAACUCUAAUUGUAAUCGACCCUCCCCCCCUUUACCAGCCUUUCCCAGUAGAUAAACCUGGGAUCUUUCUCUGUAUCAGGUAGAGAAUUUAUCUCAUGGAUUUGGACAAAUAAAUGCCCUGGUAUUACACCGGAGCCUUGUGUUUGCUGCUUUCUGCUGUUUGAUCUGCCACUUGAACAGUCGCCUCCAGGGAGCAACAACCAAUCUGCUGGAGGAUCUCAGCGGGCUGAGCAGCACCUGUGGGAGGAAAGGAACUGUUGAUGUUUCGGGUCGAAACCCUGCAUCAGGAGGGCUUCUAGACCUGAUGCAGGGUCUCAAACUGAAAUGUCAACAAUUCGUUUACCCCCACAGAUGCUGCUCGACCCGCUGAGCUCCUCCAGCAGAUUGUGUGAUGCUCCAGAUUCCAGCGUCUCCUGUGGAUCCUCUGUGUUCCAGGGGUCUCUGUUCUGCCUCAUGUUUCAUUUCACAGCAAGAACACAGAUCCAUCAUCCCAGGACAUUCCUGGAACACACAUCCCUAAUCCCCAGAUGUUCCUGGAACACACAUCCCUCAUCCCCGGACAUUCUUGGGACACAAAUCCCUCUUCCCCGGACAUUCCUGGAACACAUUCUCCAGGUAACUCUACUUCUCUCUCUGCUGUGUCCUGUCCAACCUGAGCCCAGCCCACACUCACUAGGGAUGUAUAUAGGGUCCACAAGGACCAACCAGCAACAGAUUUGCUGAAGGGUGAAUGUUCAUCGGGUCCAUCACUCUGAGCCCAGUCCCUUCAGGUGACAGUGAGAAACAGCUGGGAGCACUGGUUACAGCAAAGGCUCUGGAACCAGACAACAUCCCAGCUGUAGGACUGGACACCUGCGCUGCACACCCUGCUGUGGCUCGAGCUGUUCCAGUACAGUCCCAACACUGGCAGCUAUCCAACCUUAUGCCCAGGAAUGUGCUGUUCACAGAAAGCAGGACAAAUCCAAACCAGCUGAUCACCACCUAAUCAGUCCGCUCUCAGUCACCUGCAGAGUGAUGGAACUCUUCACCGACAGUGCUGUCAAGUAGCACCUGCUCUCGAUGUGUCCCACCAGGACACUCAUCUCCAUACCUCAUCCCAACCUUGAUCCAAACAUGGACCAAGGAGCUGAAUUCCAGAGGUGAGGUGACAUUAAGACAGAACAUGACUGAGUGUAGCAUCAAGGAACCCUGGUAAAACAGAUAAUGGACAUCAAUGAGAAAAUCCUCCAACCAGAGGAAGAUGGUUGUGGGUGUUGGAGGUCAAUCACCCCAGUCCCAGAAUAUCACUGCAGGAGUUCCUCUGGCAGUGUCCUAGGCCCAAUCAUCUUCAGCUGCUUCAUCAAUGAUCUUCCUUCCAUCCUAAGGUCAGAUGUGGGGAUCUUUGCUGAUGACCGCAUAAUGUUCAAUUCCACUCACAACUCAGCGAGAGAAGCAGCCUGUGUUUCAUGCAUAAAACUUAAGACAACAUUCAGGCAUAGUCUGAUACAGUAAUUGGCAAUAAAUAUUCAUGCCACAAAAAUGCCAGGCAAAGACUGUUUCCAGUAACAGGGAACUUAACACCUACUCUUGACAUUCAACAGUCUUAUCCAUCACCCGCUCCCCCACCAUGAACCAAAAACUUAGCUGGAUCAGCCACAUAAAUACCAUGGUCACAAGAACAAGUCAGAGGCUGGGUAUCUCCUGGCGAGUAAUUUGUCUCCUUACACACUCAGCCUUUCCCCACCUACAUGGUGUAAGUCAGGAAGUGAUGGAACACACUCCACGAGGCCAGUUCCAACAACACUUAAAGCUCAACACCAUCCAGGACAAAGCAGCAGCUUGAUUAGCACCCCAUUCCCCACCCUGAAUGUUCAGUCCCUCCACCACUGGCACACAGAGUCCCCGGUCUACAGGAUACACUGCAGGUACCCGCCCAGGCUACUCUGAUAGCACCACCCGCCAAGGAUAAGGGCAACAGACUCAUAGGGACACCACCACCAACAGGCUCCUCCACAGUUUGUGCAGCACCAGCUGGAAAUGUAUCACCAUUCCUUCAUUGUCAUUGGGUCUAAUUCCUGGACAGAGCACCUUCACCAGAAGGACUGUAGCAGUCUAAGGCAGUGGCUCCCCACCACCUUCUCACAGGCACUUAGGGAUGGGCAACAUUGCUGGCCGUUGUGGACCCCAGGUUGACCUCUGAUUGCUCACAGUUGUAUCUGUGCUUUUCCUGCAUCCCUCCUGUGUAAAUAGUGCAGAAUCUUUAAUUAUUAAAGGAUUUUCCCAACUCGUGUAGAGCCCGUACCUGAUUAGUGUUUAAAUCGAUGGGGGUCAUUGUGCACCUAGUUAAAAGGGACCAUGAAGUGUGUCACUGGAGGUUUGACUUCUGCUGCUACGUGAGAGAGAGGGUUUCACAGUCACUGAACUAACUGCUGUCCUCCACGCUCCGUGAACCUGCUGCAACCCCGGGCACCUACUGGGUCAAAGGUUCCUCCAGCACUGUUUGACCUUCAGUUGGUUUCCACCACUUGUCUUCAGAGUCAGUUCUCCUUCUGUACAAGGUGGCUUUUAGCAGCGGAUUUAUUUUUUAGCAUGUUUUGAAUUCAUUCAUAAUCUACAACAUGUAAAAAGUUACAAAAAUGCUGAACUUAUUUAUAUAGCAUUUGGCUACAGUUUAAUAAUCUUUCAAUGGUUUUAAAUCAAAAGCUGCUGGAGCUGAACUCCAGUAUAACUGUUUAUGUACAUUUCCUCUCACAGUUUUACAAUCUGGGGUUAGGCAAAGGGUUUUGAUGUUCGCAGGAUUUUAACUGCUGGAAAUAAAGAAAUUUCAGAACA